UAUUUUUAUUUAUGUGUGUAUUUUCAGCAGCAGCAUCAUAAUUCCAGUGGCAGCAUCGUCAAAAGAAAUUUGAAACCCUUUUGUCGACAGGACGAUCACUUGUCAAGGCGAACUCCCAAACAUAGCAUUGAUUUCCACAAAGUUCAAUGGCUGAAACCAGUAAAGAAUUGUUGGAUCAGCCUUCAAAGCCUUCUCUUUUCGAGGGACUUCUAGUGGGCAACAAUAAUUCUACGUCAAAACCCCAAAAAAAGAAAAUUUUGUCGAGUGGGAAUGAGGAAGGAGGCGUUUUGACCACAGAAGUUGCUAAAAGCCAAGUUCUUGGAAAAAUCAAGGAUUUCUUAGGAGUCAUGGCCAAAGCAAAUGAGAAGCUGCAGUCUGAUGCACAGGGGACUUCUCGAUCAGAUUUUGAUAUCGAAGUGCUUGAUGGGAAUGAACAAGAAUACAUUGAGAUGGAUUUGCUUCUAGGUGUUGCUGAUCUUCAUACACCAGAAGCUGUGACUGCAGCUGAGGCCACCAUUGGCGGCUUUCAUCCAUCUGCAGCUUCUACAAGCAGCAGCGGCAGUUCUGACACUGAAGAUGACAGUGAUGAAGAUGAUGACAGUGACAAUGAUGACAUAACCACUAAAACCCAGGAAGAUCCAGAUUCAGAGAAUUCGAGAUUGCAUGAUAGUAAGCAAGAUAAUAAACCAAACAAGCGGCCAAAGAUUAUUGUGCUCAACUGAAGAAUGUUGCGUUAUUUAUCGAUUCAAUCACCAAGGAUCCAAUAUAUGCUGAGAUCUCUGCAUUGGGAUCUGAUCGACGAUAUAGCUGAAGGUUGAGAAGGUCGGCACAAUUGAUUCUCUCCGUCAGCUGUUCGAGUUAUAUGAAUUAUAGUUUCACUCUUUUUUAUAUUUUGUCUCAGUUUGCUGUUGCUGGAACCCAUGGCUUAGGAUUUGAGAUAAUGCACUAAAAUUCCUAUUUAUAAACAUAGGGAUAUUUUUUGUAAUUUGCAUUAUUAUAUAGAUAUGUUUCUUUCUCUAUGGA